ACUUACAUUGAUGCAUAAACACCCGGAUAAAAACAAUUUGUUCAAAAGUUGACAGUAACGACCAAGCAUUUGAUCUGUACAUAAUUGGGAAAAUAAUGACUUAAAGUUAACAGAAAUGGCUGCAAUAGAUUUAUCCAAAACGUUUGAUGAAAUGGAGUCGGAUGAACUCAGUUUGGAAACGUCUGUUCCAACUGAUUUGACUCUAUCGCCAGACCGAGAAAAUGGACACACAGACGAUCGCAGGGAUAGGAAAUCUAAAGUAACAAGACAGUUGAUAGAAAGAAAACAAUUAAUGCACGACAUGCAACUUCUAAGAAUUGAGUUAUCUCAAAAGAAUUUAACUCUCGAAAACAUGAAAGCCGAAUCUCUUAAUAGGGUUGAAGAGUUGGAAGAAAAACUUAAUGAUGCUUUACAUCAAAAGCAAAUUCUUGCAGCUCGUCUUGAAUCACAGUUAUCUAUUCAAGAACAAGAAUCAAAACGGCGACAAGAAUUGAUAAAAUCGGAAUUGGAAGAAGUCCGUCAACGACAGAAACAAUUAGAAUCAACAAAUGAACGUUUAGAAGAAAAGGCGGGGAAUGUCAGGAGAACUUUGAGAGAUUUAGAUAUUACAGAGGAUAAAUAUUAUGAACUACGGGGUCAGAGUGAGGAAGACAUUUCACUGCGAGAGUAUGUGGCGAUGAAAAUGUUUGAAGCAGUCCGUCCACUUCAAACUGAAAUAGAUCAGAUGCGGCUAAGAAAUAAAACAUUAGAAGAUCAAACUAAAUCAUUUUCCAAAGAAGUUUUAGAGUUACAGGAGAAAUUAGAUGCUGAGCGACAGGAGCACGGUGAAUUACGCAUAAAACACCAGAGAAUGAUCAUUGAUUUCUCUGACACAAAGUCACAAGUCAAACACGAUAACUUCAAAGUUGAAAACUAUGACAGGGUGAAAAUUGAAAGGGAUGGAUUAGAACAUGAUCGUUUGGACAUUCAGAGGCAGCUAUCAGUACUAGAGGGAGCUCAUCAAACCCUGACCAAAGAAAGGGAUGACCUACACAGUGAGCUGUCUGCAGCCAAGCAAUCUCUGUCCUUGCUAAAACAAGACAAGGAGUACCUGACUAAACAGGUUUCAGACCUGACCAACAGGUGUACAUACGCUGAGGAAAAGGUACAGCAGUCUGGUCAUGAACUUGAGGACGCAAAGCGGGCCCGAGAGGAGAUGUAUGAAAAAUAUGUUUCCUCCAGGGACCAGUAUAAGACAGAGUACGAGAAUAAACUACGAGAAGAACUGGAACAGAUCAGACUAAAAACAAAUGGAGAGAUUGACAGACUGCGAACCAGUACAAAGGAGAUGUUUGAAAGGGAAAACAGGAAUUUACGAGAGGCAAGAGAUAUGGCAAUAUCUGAGAAAGACAGAGCCGUCGCCACAGAGAGGGAAACAUCAACAAAAUACGAGCAGUUACUUACAGACUUUCGCCAAGUGCAGAUGCAUGGUGACAGUAAGACAGCAGGGCUACAGAACGAGAUGAAGCUGAAGAGCUUUGAGCUGGAGAGGCUACAGAUGGUGCAUGAGGAUACGCUCCGUAACCUGGGCCAAGCCAAGCUGGACAUUGAGAAGCUGGAGAAGAAGUCGGAGGUGUUGACCAAGGAGUACUACACUCUCCAAGCCGGGAUGGACAAGAAAGUGGCAGAGUUAGAAGCACAGAUGUCGGAGAAAAACGCCAAGAUUCAGAUGUAUGAACGCGUGGAGAAAGAGCUAGACGAGGUGGUGCUCCAGGCAGCACAUGUUGAAGAUGAUCAAGAGGCAGAGAAAGUUCUCUUUUCCUAUGGUUAUGGUGCUAAUGUUCCAACAACAUCAAAACGACGGUUACAGCAAAGUGUUCAUUUAGCCAGACGAGUUCUUGCCCUUGAGAAAAUAAACACCCAACUGCGUCAAGACUUGGAGAGAGAGAAAACCAAAAUUAAACAGCUUGCUGAAGAGCUCAAGAACAACAAUACGAUAUUAGACCAAGCCCAGCAGCCAUACAACUAUCUGAUAGACAGUGUGCGACAAAGGGAUGCUCAGAUCAACAAGCAGAAAGAACACAUUGCUAACUUGGAGGCAGAUGUACAACAACUAGAAAAGGAGAGAGACGAUCUAGUCAGAACCAAAAACAACAUGUCUCUGGAUUUGGAACGCCUACUCAAUCAAAAAGAGGAGAUGUCGGUGAUGAAACAAGUGGUGAUGAACUUGUCUAAUCGCCAGUACGGGGAAAAAAAGACAAAGUCUCGAGAUCUUGCAAGACCCAAAAGUCCAUCCACGCACAAAACAUUUGGAUCCUUUGAGCCACAUGAUGAACCAGAGAUUGUAAAACCUGGCUUUAUAACAGUUACAAACGAUAAAUCCCAUUGGUCCAAAAAACUGAAACAGAAGAACACAGAACAAUCCACAAAGUUCUCCAAAGUGUAUGCCACUGCCAAAUCCUGACCCCCCCCCCCCCCCCAAUCCAGCUCAGGCUCACCAUGUUACAAAUAUACCAUAAUAAACAGUGACUCGGAAUGUCCGAGGAAAAUAAUGGACUGUGAUAAAUGUAGUGUGGAAGGAGAUGGAGGUUGUUGAUUUUAUACAUUGGAUAGAUUGGAUAAAGGCAGAAAACAGGCUAGAUUGUAAAUACUUUUACAUCAAUAUGUAAUUUCUGGUACCAGUACUUGUAUUAAGCAAUUGAUAAAUAUUAGAAUAAUAGAAUUUUGAGCAGGUUUUUGCUUUUGAACCUUUUAUUCCAGUUCAAAUUUCAGUCAAAUAAUGAGCAGUUGAUUUAGAAUUAGAAAACAAAAAUAAAAGUAAACAAAUCAUGUCACUAAUGCUAUUUUAGUACUUUUAUCAGAUACGUAUUUAGUAAUAUUUGUUAUUGUAAAUGUAUUUUUUGUAAAUAUAUUUGAAACAAUAAAAUUUUAUAAAUUCCA